CAAAUUAUUCAAAUUGAGUUCUAUUUAUGUAUUUUAACCUCCCAGUUACAAUAUACUGAAUUUUAGAAGAAGUUAAGAAUGAUGAAAGUUUGCAUAUAUUUGUUUAAAAGGCCUAAACAAACACAAAAGGUUUAAAGACAAAAAGUAUCAUUUCUAGUACAAAAAAAUGAACAAUCUUUCUGGACAAUUCCGCAAGACAACAUGGGAUCCCUUUCUCAUAAUUUCUCAGAUAAUUGCUGUACAGACUAUCAUGUACCUUUGCCUUGGAUUCUGGAUUUGGAUUGUUGCAUCGUUGUUGGAUUGGACAAAAUCGUUGGAUUAUGUGUUUCAAUAUAAAGAAAUACAUGUUCGUGACUUUGGAGGACAAUUAAUUAUUGUUAUGUUUGUUCUGAAUGCUUUUGUGGGAGCAUUUGCAUUAUGGUGGCUAGUGCAAAGAACAAAAUUAUGCAUGGACUUUGCAUGUACAGCCCAUUGCAUUCAUUUGAUUUGUUGUUGGGCUUACAAUGGUACUUAUCCGACAUCUUUCAGUUGGUGGUGUUUAAAUCUCGUAUCGUUAAGUAUAAUGUGCGUCUGUGGAGAAUUUCUUUGUAUGAGAACUGAACUGCAAGCUAUACCUUUAAGUAUGAAUAGUCAAAAGAUAGCCUUAUGAGAUAAAAUUUGUCAAUUGAUAAAAGA